GCUGAAACUUUUUCAAGCGAUAGCAGCUCCAAAUUACAAUUUGACUUCCAUUUUAGACAAUAUGGAGACUCAGCAGUUUCAGGCAAGAGAAUAUCAAGUGGAAAUGCUCAAUGAGAGCUUGGUGCAGAAUAUCGUGGUAGUUAUGCCAACAGGCACAGGGAAGACGCAAAUAGCAAUAAUGCGAAUGCUUCUGGAGAUAGAUAGACAAGAAUCAGACAAGAUCAAUUGGUUUCUUUGCCCGACAGUUGCAAUAUGCGAGCAGCAUAUGAAGACUAUAAGCACUCGAGUCCCUCCUAUGUGGUGCAGGUCAUUUACCAGCAGUGAUCAUGUUGAUCACUGGGGCAAUAAAGCAAUAUGGGAUGACGCUCUCUCGGGGAUUAGAAUUGCUAUAUCUACGUACCAAGUUUUGUAUGAUGCUCUGCUCCAUGGCUACAUCCGAAUGGAUCGAUUGUCUCUGCUGGUCUUUGAUGAAGCUCAUAACUGCACCAAAAACAACCCUGCCAAUAAAAUCAUGCAGCGAUUCUACCACUCAAAAGGGGACCAGUGUGCUCAUCCUCUGCCGAAGGUCUUAGGGCUCACCGCAUCUCCAGUUCUGUCGGAUGCUUCCACUCUACAUACGGUAGAAAAGAAUCUGGGGAGCCUCUGCAAGAUGCCUCGCCAGUUCUAUGCGCAGCUGCUGCAGUUCACCAACAGGCCAGUCAUUGAAUGCCAUCAAUCCUCUAACACGCUGCCCAAGGCCGAACCUGCACCACCAUUACUGGCAAAGUUACAUACCAUAUUAUUUCCCUCCACAGAAAGCACCUACAACGCAAAGGAACCAAAGGUCCGACGUUCAGAUAAAAUGUCUCGCUUUUUCCAGUCGUCAGAGAAGAUAAACCUGGAACUCGGAGGUUGGGCCGCCACAAGGUAUAUGCAAGCAUCGAUUACUCAGUUCAAAGAUGGAAUGCGAGCCAACGCCGAGAAAACGGAUAUAGUCAAUUCUGGAAAACAGCAUGCAAUGGAGGCCUUGUGUUCGCUUGGCGUGUUGGAGCAAUACACUUCUGAAAUGCAGCCGGAAGAUAUCUCACCGAUGUGCCAGUGCCUUGUGAGCGCUCUCGUGCAAGAGUACAGCAACGAGUUUUGUGGACUUGUGUUCGUCAGCCAGCGAGCUACUGCUCUCGCACUGAAAUGGCUAAUAGAAGAUCAUCCGGACACCAAAAACCUCUUCCGUUGCGGUACGUUUGUUGGCAUGUCGACUUUUCAACAUAGCAGCACAAAUCUUGGAGAUUUGCAUGAUAUUAAAAGUCAGACAGAAACUCUGGAGCGGUUUCGCCAACGCUCAAUUAACUUGAUCAUAGCGACGGACGCUCUGGAGGAGGGGAUUGAUGUACCGGCAUGUAACACGGUGUUGAACUUCAACUGUCCCCUGAACCUGAAGUCAUUCAUUCAGCGCCGUGGACGUGCCCGUGCCGAAAAGGCGAAGUUUAUCGUCAUUGUGAAUCAUGACGCUGACGUACAAUACUUGUCCAGCAUUGAAAAAGCAGAGAACGAGUUAAUAAAACAAUACCAGGAUGAAGAAAGGCUUGUGCGAGAGUUUGAGAACGAUGACACCGCCAGCCAUAUUAGAGAGCUCAUGUCUUUAUCCAUUGCGAGCACAGGUGCCCUACUGGCGAUGGGUGAUGCUGUCCGUUAUCUAUAUGUCUUUGUUGCAAAGCUAUCCACCCAGGCAUAUGGGAACAGUAAGCCACUCUUCCAUUGCGAACCUAAUGCCAGCGGUGAAUUCCAGGCAACUGUUCGAUUGCCCAGCUGUCUCGACCCGUCACUUCAUAAGUUUACCAGUUCAUCAUCAUGGCCGAAUAAAAAAAGUGCCCGGGAAGAUGCGGCAGUGCGGGCGUAUAAGGCCUUGUACCGAGCCGGACUGGUAAACGACCAUCUCGCUCCCACCAUGCCGUCAGAUAUCUUAGGUCAGGACUUUCAGAUGCAGUCUCAUUAUAUUAUCGCGGAUCAAUUAAACCAUUGGCUGGAUCUUGCUCGUAUCUGGGACCUUGACGGCCAGGUUUAUUCCCACGAACUGCGUAUCAUACGGCCACAAAUGCAUGAAAUUAAACUCUUCUUGAUUCUGCCCACCAGCAUCACGACCGAGAUUCGCAUUCCUCUCUACAUCAGCUCUUGCACGACUUACACAGCGGUUCUGUCUCCGGGACAAGCAGCGAAUGUUCAAAUUCCUGUUUGCCAGGAGGCGACAAACUUAAUCCUGCAGUCGAUCAACAGAGGCACCUGGACUUGCGAUGACAUCGACUACGUCUUUCUCCUCAUUCCUGAUAUAGAAAGUAAUGUGGUCGCGGAAUUUGUCCAAGAAUAUAGGGGAACAACAAGUCUCAUCGAGGCCUUGCGCAACCGCAUUCCUCCAAUGUCGCUUGGAUUAUUGCGUUGUCUUGAGAGGCUGUGUCGUCCUCUUGUUGUCGAGUCGUGGACACUACCAGAGGAUGACACACUUGAUACGUCUGAGAUGUUACUGUCGGCGCUUGGAAAGAUGCAGCCACUCACAAGGUGCCGAAACUUCCUCCACGCAAGACAGAAUGCAAGUAUGGACAAGGCAUCUACGAGAGAAAGAGUGCUCCAGAUGAAUCUAAAGGCCGAUAAGAAUACGUUGCUUGUUAAAGAGUACUCGGUUGAUAGACUCCCUUCUACGUUCACCCAGGCCGCCGUUCUGAUCCCGAGCAUCACCCACGAGGUUGGCGUAUAUUUGGUGGCGGAAAGAUUAGCAAGUCUUUUGUUUGGAGACUCUGCGGCGACCUUUCGGCGAAUAGAUCUACUGGCGAUUGCAAUCAGGCCCACAAGCAUUGAACAUCGAUCUGACUUCCGCUUCUUGGCCUUUCUUGGAGACGCAAUGAUCAAGUGUCUCGUAGCGAGGCAAUUGUUUUUGCAUCAUGUUUUGUGGCACGAAGGCCUCUUGUCGCAAGUGAGCCAGACAAUUCUAUCUGACGCAGGCCUAGCACAGGCUAUCAGCCAGUCAGAUCUCCCCAACCCUCGACUGGUAGGCGCAGCAACCCUGGCGGAUAUGGUGAAAGCACUGGCAGGCGCGGCCUUUCUGGAUAAUGGAAUAGAUAAUGCUGCUGCAUGUUUGGCGAAACUGGUUCCCAGAAUCAAAUCGUGGAGUACGUCGUCCUUGCAUGAUGGCACAUACGCGGAGACACGGCCAAAGAAUGUUGCGUCUGCUGCUGCGACUAUGGACUUGGAAAAACUACUUGACUACAUUUUCAUGGACAAAAGUUUGGCAAAAGAGGCCAUGACACACCCUUCUUGCACAGGUCUCUCCGGAACAACAUCAUUUCGGCGCCUUGCAUUCCUCGGUAUGAGUGUCCUCGAAUGGGUUGUCGUCGAUUACCUGCACCGCCAGAAUGCAUCGUUAAGUCCCAGAAGGCUACAGUCUCUGAAGUCGGCCGUCACGAACAAGAUGUUCUUGACAUUUGUGUGCCUUUCGUUUCAUAGGAAGUUGGGCAAAACAACAAUUGUUGCUAAUGAUGAGCGGAAUAUCAGCACCUGCCGGGAGGAAUAUCCCGUGCAUCUCUGGAAUUUUAUCAAGUGGAAUGAGGAUGGCAUGUCUGCCGUAUUUUCCCAGAUUACACAAAAGUUAGCAGAAGUGGACAUCAUCCGGCACGAACUGUGGGAGCAAGGCGUAUACCCUUGGGCGCGGCUGAGCGCUCUUGGAAAUAUCAAAGCAUUGUCUGACAUCGUCAAGAGCAUUUUCGGUGCAGUAUACGUUGAUUCACUCGCCAAAUUCCGUAACUGUGAGAUUUUGGCUGAAAGAUUUGGAAUCCUCCCAAUUCUCCAGCAUCUGAUUCUCUACAAUAUCGACACGGACCAUCCGAAGGAAACCUCGCAUCAUAUUCCUCCCCCAACUCAAUUAGGCGCAGCACCACAAACCAGCUCAGUGUCACAACUCGGUUGAUGGCUUCAAAAUUGCGACUGCUCACGGACAAGAGAAUCUCGACACAAGCGUCAUCCGAGCAGGGCAAACGCUGUCCGUCUUUUACGCGAGGGCCAGCGCUUUCUAGCAGAUUGAUUCCAGACAGAGACUGUUCCAGCAUUUUCUAGAGUAUUUGGACUUGGGUUUUUUCUACAUUCGUUCUACUCCGCAAUAUAAAUGGAUUUUGGCUUGCAUAUCAUCC